GUGUCGAUUUUCGGAGCCUCACCUCGUGCUUCAUCCAAGACAGCUGCGAUUCUUCAGGGCUAAAUUGCUGUAGUGGGUUUUUCUAUAUUUGGUUAAAUCGUGUAGUAUAGGAGAGCAGUGUACAGUGUGUUAAACGAAAAGGUUGCAAAACGCUGACAGAUGGAUGUUAACGCAGCAGUUCAACAAGCGCUGGCAGAUAAACUGCUCGAAGCAGCAAAAAUAGCGGAAGACGAAAUUGAUCGUGAAAUUGAACGUCUCGAAAGGCUUGACGAGGACGAUCUUGAAGGUAUUCGUCAGCGGCGAUUGGCUGAAAUGAAAAAAGCUGAACAGCAGAAGAAAGAGUGGCUUCAGCUAGGACAUGGCGAGUACAGCGACCUUGCCAACGAAAGUGAAUUUUUUGACGCUUGUAAGAAAUCUAAGAAUGUCGUUGUACAUUUCUAUAGAGACGAAACAAUGCGAUGUGGCAUCGUGGACAAGCAUUUGCGGCUACUUGCUGGUAAACAUCCCGAAGCGAGGUUUCUUCGCAUUGCAGUAGAUAAAGCACCAUUCCUUUGCACCCGCAUGAAGAUUCGUGUGCUGCCUACAAUUGUGCUAUUUAAGGAUUUUAAGAGUUGUGACUAUAUUAUAGGGUUUGAUGAUCUUGGUGGGCGUGACGAGUUCUCAACAGAGAUGAUGGAAUGGCGAAUCGCACAGAAGGCUGUUAUCAAUUACGCUGGAGAUUUAUCUUGUCCACCUGAUGAAAAGCCUAUAGAAAAGAGAAAACCAAUUUUAGGCGGGAUCAUUCGGAAGAAUAUUCGAGGAAGAAUUAGGAACGACUCUGAUGACGAAGAUACUGAACAUUGAAUAAAAAUAUAAUGGGCAAGAGAAGGUUAGGAAAUAAGUGAUUUUAUAGCGAAAAAUCUUCGCUUGCAGAUUUUUACGCCAGGUUGUUAAAGCGGUGAUGCAAUAAUAAAAUCAGCGCUAUAUUUAACAAAAAGUAUGUUUCGUAAAAUGCUACGUACUAAGCAUAUAUCUUACUCAAAUAUGCUGACGAGUGUAAUAUAUGCAUAAUACUAAUAAUAAAUUCAACUAGUUUGAGAACUCAGAUCUA